AUGGCUUGGGCACACCGCAUCUUUGUCCUCCUGUGGUUUCUGACUGCUACCAAUGGGCUAUUAAUACCGCCGGAUCAAAUCGACACCCUCCUACUUCCGUCCUACGAUUACAUUAUUGUCGGGGGAGGAGUAGCCGGGCUCGUCGUCGCCAACCGACUCAGCGAAGAUCCGAAUGUAACCGUCCUCAUCCUCGAAGCCGGAGAACUAGACCCCUCCCCAGCAGUCGUCACCGUCCCCGGCCUAAUCGGCACCGGCUUCCCGCCCGCCUACAACUGGAACCUAACCACAACCCCCCAGGAAUUCCUCGACAACACCCCGCGCGACUACGGCCAGGGCCGCGUCGUCGGCGGCGGGAGUAUUUUGAACGGGCUUGUCACGACAAGGGGCGCGCGGGCGGACUAUGAUGCGUGGGAGGCGCUGGGGAAUGAGGGGUGGGGGUGGGAGGGUAUGGUGGAGUAUUUUCGGAGGAGCGAACGCUUCACCCUCAACAUCCCCCCCGACCGCGCUCACGCCAUGCACAUCCACCCGGACACCACCAUCCACGGCACCACCGGCCCAGUCGAAGUCACUUAUCCCAAUUUUCUCUACAACCAGUCCACCAACAUCCUCUUAGCCCUCUCCGAACUCAACAUCCCACUCCUCGUCGACCCCAACGCGGGCGUCGCAGCGGGAGCCAUGAUUGCGCCGUCUAGCAUGUCGGCGGCGAACCAGUCGCGCGUGGAUAGUCGGCGGGCGUAUUGGGAUCCGGUGGAGGGGAGGGGGGGGUUGCAUUUGGCUGUGGGGCAGACUGUUGGGAGGGUUUUAUUUGGGGGAGAGGAGGAGGGUAGGUUGGAUGGGGACAAGCGGGAGGGGGUUUGGGUUAGGGGGGUUGAGUACGCCGCGUCUGCUGGCUCGACCCUGAGAGAGGUGCGCUGCAAUAGAGAGGUAAUCCUCAGCGCAGGGGCAAUUCUCUCGCCGGUGCUGCUCCAGGUCUCGGGCAUCGGCCCGGCGGAUUUGUUAGCCGAACUGGACGUACCGGUACGAGUCGACCUCCCGGGGGUUGGACACAACUUUCAAGAUCAUCCUAUGGUGGGGGGAUUUUACAACUACACCAAACCCGGUCUCUUUACCACGCGAAACCUGACCGGUAAUACCCUCCUGCAAGUACAAGACGAGUACUUCUCCAACCGCACCGGCCCCUGGACAACCCCCCUAAUAACCACCCUCGCCUUCGCCCACCUCACCCACCUCCUCACUCCAAACAGCACAUCCCCCGACCGGACCAACCCCCCUCAAACCCUCAACCUAACAUCCACCUUCGACCCACAAUCCGCUCUCCCUUACCUCCCCCCCACCGCCUUAUCCCAUCCGUCCUUAGUACAAGGCUACACGGCCCAGUUAUCCCAACUCUCCCAGCUCCUGACCAACCCAGCCGUCGGCGCAGUCGAGGUCAUGGCUGAUUCGGUCGGUACGCUGACUGUGUCUGUGUUGCACCCGCUUAGUCGGGGGUUUGUGAGGGCGGAGUCGAGGGAUGUUUUCUUUACGGCCGAACCCAACCCAGAAGGAGAGGAAGGAGAAGGAGAAGAAGAGCAAUAUCUCCCCCGAACCCACCCCGCCAUAUCCCUCAACCCGCGCUAUCUCGCCCACCCAGCCGAUACCGCCCUGCUUGCGGCCGGUUUGGCGCUCAACCGUCGUCUGACGGGGGAUACCCAGGCUGUGGGGGAGGGUUUAUUACCCCGGCCUGGGCCGCCGUGGGAUACGGCCGGUACCCCUAAGAACACCGACAACGACACCCCCAAAACCAACCCCCCGGCAGAAGACGUCUCUGCAUUAACCCAAACCGAAAAGACAAUCCACGCCCACCUCCAAACCGAAUUCCACCCCUCCGGCUCAACCUCCAUGUUACCUCUGCAACUCGGCGGGGUGGUGAACCCACGGCUCAUCGUGUAUGGUACACACAACCUGCGAGUCGUCGACGCCGGGGUCAUGCCGCUCGUUGUGGGGGCGCAUUUACAGGCGGGGGUUUAUGCUUUGGGUGAGAAGGCCGCAGACCUCAUCAAAGAGGACAACAAGCAUGCCACCAGCCGUCAAGGUUAA